AACUUAAGACUUGACUGAUAAGAAGAUAAGAACACCCAGGAAGGAAUUGAUAUCGGAUAUUCAUAUCUCGUAUCGCCAUGUAAAAAUCAAAUGGAUAUCGUUAAAAUAUCACAAUCCGGAAAACAGAAGCGUGGUUCCGCAUUUACAUUUGAUAGUAUAGGUCCACUUUAAUCAUGUUAUUCGCUCCGUGGGGCGAAUUAGUUUGUAGGUGUAUCAUAUGUAUACUUUUUUAAAUGUACGUAUAUGAUAUACCUUUUUUAAAACGACGAAAAGAGCGGGUUUUGGUGGUGGAUUUUAUUUAUAUAUUAUUCAAGAACAAAUAAUACAAAAUUUCAAUAUCUGACAACCGAGCCCCUGUGUUAUUGAUGACAUAAUAUCCUUAGCUAUUUUUAGCUGAUAUGGCAUGCAACAUCUCAUUUUUAAUAAUCUGGCUCUGGCAGAUUUUAUUUGAAACUCGGUUAGGAUUUGAUCACUGCAUGUUUAUAUAUAUUCUACAGAUUAGGUGGUUCUUUGGUCACUUGUCUGCUCCCUCCCCCUCCCCCUCCCCUCCCUGAGAACCUAGUUGCUUAUGUUCACUCUUCCUGUUCUCUUCCUCAUAUACCGACCUAGAUUAAUUUAGUCACGUGCCUAGAUCUCAGUGGUACAAUAUACUAUAUGAAGUGAUCAAGUGUAUAAAGUUCAGUGCAAAAUACAUAUGCGCACAUCGGAGAAAAGUUACAAAGGAAUCGCUAAUAUUAGGGGACAAUUUAUACCGGAUAUUUGGAGCGUGUGCCAGUUAUAUUUCAUUAUUUAACAUUGUCCAUGAAUCACGAUUUGUUGGCCACUCUUGCAUCAAAGACAUUUCAAAAGUUGGUGUUGUCAUUACAUAGGGUAGGAAUAUGCUUCCUUGUUUGAUGUGAUAUCAUGAGGCAGGUUCCUGGGAACUGAUGAGGCUAUGAGCGGUAUCCUCUGGCUAGUACACGCCAGUGCUCUCUUGUGUUGGACCAGUGAAGCACUGCAUAUGUGUUCAUUCAAGGGACGCCUCCCAUCUGAAGAUGAGUGGUUCAGGUGCGUACCCUGUCCCCCACCGAGAAAAUUUUCCUUGCUCUGUUCAAAAGACUAUAAAGAAUGCGGCGUUAAUUGCACGGUUUUGUCCAAACUUGUUGAUGUUUGUCUUUCACAAUAUGACCGAUACUACCCAAAAAGCUUCACAGACAACAUUAAGCUAAAGUGCGAUCAGAAAGAAGCGUGUUUGGAACAGCGUCCUCACUGUGAUAUUGCUACGAGAAAUGUUUUCGAAACUAUUAGUGCGUCGUGUCGCCAAACGACAAAUCACAUUCAAAGUACCGCGCCAUCAACGUCGACACAUUCGACAACUCACAAGACUACCACGCAGACGACAGAGGUUCACGUGACAACACAAGUAACAACAUUCACCUCAAUUUUUGCAGUGGAUAAUGACACCGUGUCAACUACUAAUAAUACUCAUAAUCUAGGGGACCUGGAAACACCCUCAACAAAAGUUCAGUCCUCUUCCUCUCACGCCGCCAUCUUCAUUAUACUUAUACUAAUUUUCGUAAUACUUUUGAUUGGUGUGUUGUUCGUCGCUUUGAGAGUACGGCGUAGGUUUUUUGUCACUGUCAGAACCCCCCUUCAACGUCAGACGUCGACCGAUUCGCGUGCUCCGAUCAUCAGGACAGAUCGUGGAUAUGAUGUACUUUGUUUCACCCUUAAACGCAAAAUGACGUCACAAGACAGCGGAGUCUCAUCGUCAAAAGAAAUGCCACGGGGAUACUACGAACCUGUUCCUUUGAGUAGUGAACAUGUUCCUUUGAGUAGCGAACAUGUUCCUUUGAGUAGCGAACAUGUUCCUUUGAGUAGUGAAUAUGUUCCUUUGAGUAGUGAACUUGUUCCUUUGAGUAGUGAACAUGUUCCUUUGAGUAGCGAACUUGUUCCUUUGAGUAGCGAACAUGUUCCUUUGAGUAGCGAACAUGUUCCUUUGAGUAGUGAAUAUGUUCCUUUGAGUAGUGAACUUGUUCCUUUGAGUAGUGAACAUGUUCCUUUGAGUAGCGAACUUGUUCCUUUGAGUAGUGAACAUGUUCCUUUGAGUAGUGAACUUGUUCCUUUAAGUAGCGAACUUGUUCCUUUGAGUAGUGAACUUGUUCCUUUGAGUAGUGAAUAUGUUCCUUUGAGUAGGGAACAUGUUCCUUUGAGUAGCGAACAUGUUCCUUUGAGUAACGAACAUGUUCCCUUGGGUGAAGACUACAAACCCGUUCCUUUGGGUGGAGGAGAACCAGUCGUCCAAGAAAGACCUGGAGAAAUCGAAGUUUUAGAUUUUCAUGCGUCUUCAGUGGAAGAUGACGUCAUAAAACAUGGAGCUCAGGAGACAGGCGUGUAGAGUGAACUUGUCAGUAUUUACUGCAAACCAAUCAAGAUGAAAUUCUCAACUUAUUUAAUAUAUUUAUUUACAGAUUGAACUUGUAACAGUAUUAUCCAUGUAUAGUGCAAUAAGUAAGAUUUUUUUUAAAUGUACGAUAUAUAGAAUCAUAUACAUGUAUACAAAUUUGAAAUUUAAAUGAGCCUUGAAAGAUUUUAUAUUUAUCGAAAGGUUAAUACGAUUUUGGAGUUUUAGUGUUGGAUUGGAACGGUCCACAGAUAUGUACGUUAUUUACAGACAAAAACGUUUGCUGUUAUUUCUUACUUUGCAUGAACAUGCUUAGGUCAUGCGCAUACUCUAUUUCAAGUGAAGAGUGUUCUAUACGCUACACACAGGCGCGUAGCCAGAAAUAAAAUGAAGUGUGCGCCAAUUAUGGCAAGUGAUCUGGUGGCCGCCUCGAGACCCCCAGUGGGUUCAAGGCAAAGCCCUGGUAGGGUCACAGGGGGCGAAACUCUCAGAAGUUCUUGGGUUUUUCCAAUAAAAUCACCUUUUUUGUUCAUAUAAACAGGGUUUCUUGUCAAUUUCCAAAAUAAAGAGAUUUUCUAGUGUUUUAUUAUGCCAACCGUGUAUACUAGAACUGACUUUACAUUCAUUCUAAGAAUUGUUUAUAGUUUCGAAUAGUACAUGUAUAUAUGGUCAGGGGCGGAUCCAGGAAUUGUGGUUACGGGGGGCGCCACUUUAUGAGGCAGGGGGUCCAGGAAGCUCCUGGGUUUUACAGAUUUUAUGGGGCUUGAAACAUUUCUCCUAUUAAGUCAUUUGUACUAUUUUCUAUCAUUUUCAUAAGGUGAAAUUAAUCAAAUUACCCAAAUUCUAAGGGUUUUUUGGAAAAAAUUAAGUUCUCCUAAUAAAGUAAUUCAAGAAAUUAAA